ACAUUUUGAACCCAAACCCCCUCCUUCUCCCCUCGACCUCCUCGAAACCCCACUCCUCUCGUGUCGAGCGAGCCUAGGGUUAGGGUUUCGUCACUCCCGCCCCCGAUUCGAACCAAUCCGCCUCGCCCCCCGCCGCGCCAUGGCCGCCGGCUCCAUCGUGGUGGACUUCCCCUCCAUGGGCGCCGCCUUCUGCUUCCCCAGCCUCGAGUCACUCCUCCGCGACUCCGCCUCGGGCUUCCUCGCCGCCGUCUCCGCCGCCCCGGCCCCCGGCGCCGCCGACCUCACCAACUUCCACCGCGUCUUCUCCCGCGUCCUCAGCGCCUACCCGGACCCGCCGCUCGAGGCCGUCUGGUUCUUCUCCGCGCUCUCCUUCCACGACCGCCCCGACGACCUCCGCUCCCUGCUCCAGCUCCUCUCCGCCUUCACCGCCUCCUCGCCAGGCGCCGCCAAGCCGCUCGCCCUCCUCGCCCCCGUCGUCUCCGAGCUCUUCCACUCCGACAAGCCGCGUAGGGAGACCGAGGCCCUCGUCGAGGCCGUCCUCAGCUACAUCAGCAUCUGCAGCAGCCGCCCCGCCCCCUCUUCGGCCGAGGGGGGCAGCGCCGACGCUCUGAGGCUGCUGCCGGCUUUCGGCGAGCUCGUCAAGGUGUGGAGCGUGCGGCACUCGAGGGAGAGGUGCCCGUUCCAGGUGCUGUUCCCGCUCGCUGGGGACGAGGCCAGGCGGGAGCUCAUGAAGGAAGGUUGCAGUGUUGACUACCUCGCCGGGGUGGUGCUGGCUGAGGCGUUCCUUCUCAGGCUCUGCCUCAAGGUGCAGAAUGCAACAGGGGUGCCUCGCUCUGAGCUGCAGAAGGAGCUCAAGAUCUGGGCAGUCAGCUCCAUCCCGGUCUUCCAGAACCACCAGUUCUUCGGGGUCCUGCUCAACAUGCUCUUGAACUCUCCGCUACCUGUUUACUCUCUAGUGAGUGCUGAUGACGAAAUCUUGUUGAGAGAUGUCCUUUAUGAUUCUCUUAUCCUGGUGGAUUAUUCUUUCAUUAACAAUAGUGCUGGAGUUGAUCUCUUGCCUAUAUAUGUGUCGAGAUUGGUUAUCACUCUUGAUGCUGUCAAUGAUGCCAGGAGGAAAGGUGAUCAAGGGAGAGCAAUGUCGUUUAUCAACGCUUUCUCAACCUCAAAUGUUCCCAAUUUUCUCAUCAAGUGGGCUACUUGUCAAGCUGGCUCUGGUGCACUCAGCAAACCAAUUGCCAACACACCCCAAGCUAUUCUCAAGUGGGUAGCUGACCUUGAAGAUAAGGGGCUCAAAGUGUUUGGAGAUUACAGUUCAUGGAUUAUGGGGAGGUUUGCUUAUGCUGAGGUCAAGAGUGGCUAUGGGAACAUGAAUCAUUCAGAUGCGGACCUUUUCUUUGUUGAUAAACAGAGUGGUAGGGAGUUUAUGGACACCAAAGGCAGCGAGGAUGAAGCUGUGGAGGAGAUGGAGACUGCAGGCAAUGCUUUUAUGGCUGCUGCCCAGUCAAUGAAGGGGGUAACUAACAGCAUAAGGAAGAGGAAGAGCUGUGGAAAUGAAGAUGCAGCAGCUGUGAAGUUUGUGAAGUACAGGGUAGAAGACAGCUCAGUGAAGGACUACCUGUCAGCAGCUAAUGGCAUGAGCAGUGGCAGUGAGGUGGAGAACCCGCAGUCUGAUGAUGAGAUGGAAGAAUCAGACUGAUGCAUAGAAACGAGAUCACCCGCUAAUGCUUACUUGGAAGAGUUUCUUGGACAACCGCCUUUUUGGAGCUUGGGCCAGUCUUGUUUCAGAUGCCGCUUCUUAAUGAUGUCGUGCAGUACCCUGUUCUAGGAUAAUAAUCUGCAAGAGGGCUCGUCUCCAGCUAGGCUUUCGGAUAUAGUAGUAACCGUUAGCUGACCCUACUUGACAUGGAGCAUCUGAUGUCUGCUAUGAGCUAUAUCGUGUUCUUUGUUAUUAUAAUGCUAUAGUAGAGACCUCAAAAUGUAGUCUUGCUUCAAGUUAUUACUUCUGUAAUAGAUGGGUACUUUGUUGUCAUCCCACGGAACCAGUAGGAAGUAAUGAAAUCUUAACUUUUCCUGUGUA